CCUUCUCCUGUCUCAUAAGCUUCCUCGAAGCACCGACGGAGAGCGACAUCUCACCGCGGAAAAUCUCCCGUCCCAAGGGAAGAAGAUGAUGAUGACGAUGAAGAUUGCAUGAAGCAGAAGCAGCGGCAGAUGAAACUGAGCGUACUGCUCUUCUUCACAGCGUCUCUUCUUCUACCGGCAACUAUUCUCUCAGCCUCCGCUGUUCAUUCUUCUUCUGCGGGUGGAGGAGACCUAGGUUUCUGCACCAAUCAUCAGCAAGGAGGACGCAACCACCACCACCACCACCAAGACCGGAUGGCCACUCUCGGAGGAGUCCACGAGCCUCGAGGCGCGGAAAACAGCGCUGGCGUCGAGGACCUCGCCCGCUUCGCCGUUGACGAGCACAACAAGAAGGAGAAUGCGCUGCUCGAGUUUGCGAGGGUGGUCAAGGCACAAGAACAGGUGGUCGCAGGGACCCUCCAUCAUCUUACCAUUGAGGCCGUAGAUGCCAGUAAGAAGAAGCUGUAUGAAGCGAAGGUGUGGGUGAAGCCUUGGCUGAACUUCAAAGAAUUGCAGGAAUUCAAGCAUGCGGGUGAUGUCCCCUCGUUCACUUCUUCGGAUCUUGGCGCUUGGAAAGGGGAGCAUGGUCCGGGUUGGAAAGAAGUGCCUGUGCAUGAUCCUGAGGUCCAGGAUGCAGCUCAUCAUGCUGUCAAGACCAUCCAGCAGAGGUCCAACUCGCUCUUCCCUUAUGAACUGCAUGAGAUUGUUCAUGCAAAGGCUGAGGUGGUCGAGAACUCUGCGAAGUUCGACAUGCUACUUAAUUUAAAGAGGGGAGAGAAGGAAGAGAAGUUCAAAGUGGAGGUACACAAGAACCAUGAGGGUACUCUCCAUCUGAAUCAGAUGGUCCCGGAGCAACAUUAGACAAUUCGUAGCUUGCCCCGACUCUGAUAUAUACCUAAACAAGACUUUCGGCCCUUCUUCCGACGUCUGUUAGUACUGUAUAUUUGUCGGUGCUCGGUUACUGUUUGUGAACUUGCCACUUUGCUGUCUUUUUAAAAUGGUGAUGCUAAUAUCUUAUGCUUGUUCUCUGUAUCUUGGUCUACAAGACGCAGUGGUUUUGCUCCUAUAAUUUCAUAAUGAAAGUCAUUUCACCCUCC